CUAGAUACUAGUUCACUAGUGUCAAUGCAUCGUGAUCAAAGCUAAAUAUUAAAACUGUGCAUCAUUAAUUUAUGGAACAAAGGCAAUUAAUAUCCAUCUGAUAUAUUCAAAUUGAACAAAUCGAAAAUUUUCUCUAUAAGAAUAUUUUUAUCUGUAUAGUACAUGUGCAAAAUGCAGAGUAUUCGUCAGUGCGUGAGACAUCUAGCAUUUUAUGGUAAAUUUGCUACAAAUAGAGUGGAUAUAUUACCAAGCACAAUAAAGAUAUUAAAUCUACCAACAUGCAGUUUCCAUCUUUCUUCAAUAUGCAGAAAGAAAUUGUCUAAAUAUCAGAGUCCGACACAUUUUCUUGAUUAUAACAAGACUAUUUUUCCACCUCAAAAGCCAAAUGAAGAAAGAAGGCCUGCUUAUGUAUGCCACAUGAAAGCCAAUAUAAAAUACAGUCCUAAAAAAAUGUGGUACGUUGCUAGUUUUGUGCGAGGAAUGUCUGUAGACGAAGCUGUAAAACAGUUGAGCUUUCUGCAUAUGAAAGGUGCUGAAAUUGCUAAAGAAGUUAUAUUGGAAGCUCAACGUUUAGCCGUAGAAAAUCAUAAUGUUGAGUUUAAGAGUAAUUUGUGGGUUGCAGAAUCAUUCAGUAAUAAAGGUAUAGUAAUAAAAGGUUUACGCCGUCAUGCUAAAGGUCGCAAGGGAACUAUUCAUUAUAGAUAUUGUCAUUACUUUGUACGUUUGGAGGAAGGACCACCACCUAAACAUUACUAUUUGCCAUAUCCUAAAAGUGGUCAAGAAUUGUUAGAAAAUUGGUUAAAGCAGAUGCAUAUGCGUAAAAUAUAUAAUUCUUUAUAAAUAUUUUGACAAAAUAAUAUAUAAAUAUAUAUAGCAAAUAUAUAUAUCAAAAAUAUAUACCACCAGUUUUAUAUUUUAA